CGCUCGAAAGCGCUUCAGUCGGAUCAAAACAAAACACAGGCGAUUUACCAAAAUAAAUUGGUAUCGAAAAUUGUGAAUUUUGAACCGAUUUCAGUGAAAUUUCAUCGGAAUAACAGUACGAUUGUGUUGCAAGAAUGCCCCCGAAGCUGAAAUUCACGGAAGGUGAGAAGGUGUUGUGCUUCCACGGGCCGCUUAUCUACGAGGCCAAAAUGCUGAAGAGUAUGGUCAUGAAGGACAAACAAGUGCGAUAUUUCAUCCAUUACGCCGGUUGGAAUAAAAAUUGGGACGAAUGGGUUCCGGAAAAUCGCGUCCUCAAGUACAACGAGGCCAACGUGCAGCGUCAGAAGGAGGUAACCAAGCUGCACUCGUCCCUGGCGGCUAAGAACAAGAAAGCCAAUGUGAAGGCUAAAAAGGCAGACACCUCCGGCACUGGCGGAUCUUCCGGAAAAGACAGCGAUUCGCGGGCGUCCACUCCUUCCAAAGAGGUGACGGCCAAGGAAAAGGAACCUACUACGGCUACUGCAGCAGCGGCAACAACAACACCCGCGACGGUCACUCCAACCGUGUCGGGAUCGAGCACCGCAUCUAGCACGGCGUCAACCGGGCGUAGCAGAGCUUCGGCAAAGGCGAGCUCCACACCGGCUGGUCCCGCCAAGGAUAAGUCGGAGGAGAAGGAGACACCAACCGCAGAGAAACGCAAAUCGGAGGAUGGUGGCGAAGGUCCGGCGUCCAGCCGGAAGAAGCGCGGUCGAAGUGACACCACAUCCUCGAACGUGGAAUCCGAAGACCAGUUCGUUUCCAAGGUGGAAGUGAAAAUUAAGAUUCCCGACGAGUUGAAACCGUGGCUGGUGGACGAUUGGGACGCCAUCUCCAGGCAGAACAAAUUGGUUGAGCUGCCGUGCAAAACGACGGUUCAGGAAAUCGUAGACAACUACGUUCAGUACAAGAAAUCCAGCAAAGCUUCGACGGCCACUAAGAAGAAUGCAGUGCAAGACAUUGCCAACGGAAUCAUCGAGUACUUCAAUGUUAUGCUCGGAUCUCAACUUCUCUACAAAUUCGAACGCCCGCAGUACGCCGAGAUGAUCCAGAAUCACCCGGGAGUUCCGAUGGCCAAGAUCUACGGAGCGUUUCACCUGCUUCGGCUGUUUGUGAAGCUGGGCUCGAUGUUGGCGUUCACUGCGCUGGACGAAAAGGCCAUCCAGACACUGAUCGGGCACAUUCAGGACUUUCUGAAGUAUUUGGUUAAGAAUAGCGCAACGCUGUUCAAUAUGCAGCAGUACGUCAACACCAGUCCGGAGUACCACCGAAAGGCACAAUGAUUUUCGAUGAAGUUCCGGGGCGCUGAGUUAGAUGGAUGAUUUGUGUAUUAAGAAUAUCGGCAUUCUUAUGUUAAGCUCAAGACUGUGUACUGUUUAGCAUUAAGAAAUCAAUCAAUGUCCAAAAUAUAAUAUACGAUACUGAAUUUGCUUCACUGAAAA